GGUAAAAUCAUGUCGCUGUCGACUAUGCUUCGCGGCGCAGCUCGGCACAUUAUUGCAUGUCGACAGAUGUCAGCUUAUCCAAUACAAGAUACCAUGUUUGGUCUAAAUGAUGAAGAAAUUGCGCUGCGAAAAUCCGUUCGAGAAUUUGCUGAUAAGGAACUGGCACCAUAUGCUCAAGAAAUUGACCAAAACAACACAUUUAAAGAUAUGCGGUCAUUUUGGAAAAAACUCGGAGAACAUGGGCUACUCGGCAUCACAGCUCCAAGCGAAUAUGGUGGCUCACAUAUGAACUAUUUUGCUCAUGUACUGGUUAUGGAGGAGUUAUCUCGUGCCAGUGGUUCGGUUGCCCUUUCCUAUGGUGCUCAUUCGAAUCUGUGCGUUAAUCAGAUUGUAAAGAAUGGCUCGCAAAAGCAAAAGGAGAAAUAUUUACCAAAGCUAAUCAGUGGCGAACAUGUAGGAGCCCUAGCUAUGUCCGAAUCAAAUGCUGGCUCUGAUGUGGUCAGCAUGAAGCUGAAAGCGGAAAAGCGUGGUGAUAAGUAUAUUCUGAAUGGCACAAAAUUCUGGAUAACAAAUGGUCCCGAUGCCGAUGUCUUAGUGGUCUAUGCCAAAACUGACACAAAAAAGCAUCAACACGGCAUUACCUGCUUCCUGGUGGAAAAGGGGUUCAAAGGCUUCUCCACUUCUCCGAAGUUGAAUAAGCUGGGCAUGCGGGGGUCUAACACAUGUGAACUAGUUUUUGAAGAUUGCGAAGUUCCAGAGGAAAAUGUCAUGGGAGGAGAAGGAAAAGGAGUAUAUGUGCUAAUGACGGGUCUUGACUAUGAGCGUUUAGUCCUUUCUGGUGGUCCCUUAGGAUUGAUGCAAGCUGCUUGUGACAUUGCCUUUGAGUAUGCUCACCAUCGAGAAGCGUUUGGUACACGAAUAGGAACUUUUCAGCUUAUCCAAAGUAAAAUGGCUGAUAUGUAUACAACAUUGAAUGCCUGCAGGUCUUAUCUCUAUACAGUUGCAAAGGCGGUAGAUGCGGGACAUUGCUCAAAUAAGGACUGUGCCGGAGUAAUACUGUACCUAGCCGAAAAAUGUACGCAAGUAUGCUUGGAUGCUAUACAAAUACUUGGAGGAAAUGGAUACAUUAACGACUACGCUACUGGACGGCUUUUACGGGACGCUAAGCUUUACGAGAUUGGUGCUGGAACUAGCGAGGUUCGACGGCUUAUCAUUGGACGAGCGCUCAAUAAGGAAUAUAUUCACUAACAGAUAGAAGAUUAGUUGUUGCUUUAGGAUGUCUUUAGGAGAUCCGAAAUCCUCCACUCGGUUGGAUUGUUUGCUAGUACCGCAUAGCAUUCUAAUGUACCACUGGUUGUUCCUCUGCUCAUACCUCAGUGCUAUACCUCUAACACCUUUGCUCACAAACUCACUUUCAAUUACCUCUGUUACUCACCA